AUGCUGUAUGAUAUGCAGGUGCAGGAGCUCGGACGUGACGAGCUCAACGCAGCAACGCUCGAUCAUUUACAGUGUCUAAUAAACCGCAGUGCAUUCGUAUCGAUUGAUACUGAAAUGGGCGGUCUCUCUUGUCACGAAACACCACGUCCCAGUGUCAUGGAUUCAAUUGAUGAACGUUAUGCUCAAUAUCGAGAGAGUGCCAAGCAGUUUCCACUCGUGCAAUUUGGGCUCGCGGUUUUUAGUUGGGACGCCGAGGCGAAAAGUUUUCAGGUUGAGACGUAUCAAUUCCCGCUAUUUCCGGUCUUCCACGACGGCUCAGGAGCUACAGCCAAUGGGACACUAAGAGGAGUUCCUGCUUGUCCAGACAGAAGGUUCUUGGUGCAAGCCAAGUGUCUGCAGUAUACUCGAGCCCAUGGGUUCGAUUUGAACACUUGGAUCGAUCGAGGAAUCGGGUACUUGUCACAUGAUGAGCAGCAGCAGGAAUUAUGCAAAUCGGCACUGGAAAGAUCAGCGAGACCUGAGAUAUUGAGGAAGUUUAAUAAGGAACAAUCGGUGCUAAUUACGGACGAAACACAAGCUUUUCUGGAUCAAUUGAUGAGCAAAUUGCAGCAGCAACUUGAAUUUUUUGAUGAUAGAAGAGAUACUGCGAUUGGGAAGGCGGUGGAGGUUGUGCAAGAUACUGGAAUUAGACGACGUGGACGACGUGGUGGAAAGAAAAAUAAAAAGAAGAACAAUGGACGGAAUAGACAGAGAAGUGAAGACACGAGAGAUCGUAAUUGUUUGACACCACUUGCAAGUAUUUUGACUAGCAGUGCUAUAGAUGGGAAGGAAGAUUAUAUGGAACAGCUACAUGCUAAAGAAGAUGUAAAGCAUGCAGCCAAAGAGGAAGAUAUUGAGGAGGAAAACGAAAAGGCUGUCGAUGAAGAUGAUAGAGAACAACAGGAGGAGGGCAUGCCGGAACACGAUUUGCAGCAAGGUGUAGAAGAGAAGAACCUUAUACAUGACACUGUCGCCGCCAUGAAGCGAUUCUUGCUGGCACCAGUACCUGCCGAUCCGAUAUUCGCUCCGUGCGGUGCUUACGUGACUGAAGCACUGGCACCAUUCCGUCGCCAUGCUCUCGUGCAAUAUCUCCGCGAAGUUCUUCCAGAUGCUUUAGCACUGGAUUGCAAGGUGGACAACGUUGACGAUGAGGACGUCGUUCGUAAUCCUUGGAGACGGCGAGUUCGUAUUGUUGUUGCGCGUUCGAAAUGCCAAAAGCAAGCGUUGUUGCUAGCUGACCAACAGCUCGCAGACGACGAGAUACGCGAGCGAAACCUCAGUCUGGUUGGUUUUACUGCUGUGCUGGACGUCAUUGUGGCCGCGCAGAAACCGAUCGUUGGGCACAACAUGCUCCUUGAUCUCAUGCAGUGCUACGAGAAGUUCCACGGACCACUACCAGAGCGUUGUGCCGAGUUUCAGCGAGAGCUGCAUACGUGGCUUGGUGAGGGUGGUGGUGUCUUUGAUACAAAAACGCUCGUUGAAAACGCUAUGCAGAAGGUUGACUCCUUUGCGACUCAUUUGACACAUACUGCGCUUGAGAAUUGCUUCAAGGUAUUGUCGAAACAUCCAUUCUACGGUCCAGAUGUUCAUAGCGUGCAGCCAAGUGUGAGGGGUGUCGAUGCAGCACGUGAGUACGAAAGUGAACUAACGAGUUCAUCUCAAGUACUGCUUCAGGCACACCAGGCAGGCUAUGACGCAUUCAUGACGGGGUUCGUAUUCUUGCGCGUGUGUUCCGGUCUGGGAGUGUCGAACGAGUGCAUCGCUUCUUUGGGAAAGUCUUCGCAACACUCAAAUCGAAACCCAACGCACAUGGAUGAAACACUCGAGAGCCUACGAAACGUGUUGUUUGUGAGCCAGUUUCUGCCGAAGUAUGUGCUGGAUCUACCAGGUCCGUUUCCUGAGCCUACCCCCACACCAUCGCGGUCUCGGUUUGUCCGGAUGAAGUUGACACGAACGCGUGCACCAAUUGCUGCCGGUGCUACGCCUUUGCCGAAUGAUGGCAAUAUUUCAAGCCCAGCUUUGAAGACGUUCCACAUCAAGCACUGUGUGGGGUGGGCACUCAAUCUACAAUCUGCAACUAGACUCGUAAAUGUUCACUGGGAGGGACAGCAGUGUGUUUACGUCGAGUUGCCAUCAGCCGAGGCAGUCGAGCAGCUUUUGACAGUACGCAGUCAAUCAAAAGAGUGCUGGGGGUCUGCGAAUGACCCCAUGCCGUCAAUCGGGUGCGUUGAUUUGGAUCGAUGUCCAGCAUCGUCGGAGAUGGAGGCAAUGACGACAAAUUUGAUGCUGCUUCCACACCCACAGUCUACUAGUGACGACGAGAAAGCCCGCAGGAAACGCAAGAGUUCUGAGAUGGCGUAG